GCUCUAGCCAGCCCCGCAUAUAUAACCACCGGCGCGUCUUAGCUCAUCACAGUUCAUCGCAGACUUGCGAGAGGCACACAGCAUCCGAACCACUAACAUGAAACUGUUCGUCUUAGCCGCUGUCCUCGGUGUCUGCUUGGCAGAUCGCCUCGACAACAAGUACCUGCCGCCCAGAGGCAACGCAGGCGCGGGCUUCGGGCCUGGCUUCGGAGGAGCCGGACCUAAAGGGGGCGGCAGCGGCUUCGGAGGCGCUGGCUCCGGUUUCGGAGGUGCCGGAUCAGGUUUUGGCGGCGCGGGAUCAGGCUUUGGCGGUGGUGCCGGAGGCGCUUUUGGCCAUGGAGGCGCGGGAUCUGGCUUCGGCGGCCAGGCUGGAGGAUACAGCGGCGCUGGCGGAGCCGGCGGCUACAGCGGUGGUGCUAGCGGACAAUACAGCGGCCGAGGUGGCGCCGCCUCCGCUGACGCCAACGCGCAAAUCCUCAGACUGAACAAUGAGGUGACAGCCGAAGGGUUCGCGUACGACUUCGAGACCUCCAACGGCAUCCGCGCUGACGCUCAGGGAGUGGCCACCAACGGCGUGCAGUCGCAGGGCAGCUUCGCGUACAAGGGCGACGACGGCCAAGACUACAGCAUCACCUACACUGCUGACGAGAACGGGUUCGUGCCCCAAGGCGCUCACCUCCCCACCCCGCCCCCGAUCCCUGAGGAGAUCCUCAAGUCUUUGGAACAGAACGCUCGCGACGAAGCUGCCGGUAUUGUUGACGAUGGUACUUACCGCGGUGAAGGUGCCGGUGCUGGCGGCGCUGGCGGCUACUCCGGUGCUGGAGGAUACUCUGGAGGCGCUGGUGGUGCCGGAGGCUUCGGUGCUGGAGGUGCUGGCCGCGCUGGAGGCGCUGGAGGCUUCGGCACCGGCGGUGCUGGUCGCGCUGGAGGCGCUGGAGGCUUCGGCGCCGGUGGUGCUGGUGGAGCUGGAGGCGCCGGCGGUUUCGGCGCUGGCGCCGGUGGUUUCGGAGGCCGUGGAUCCGGUGGAUUCGGUGGAGCCGCCUCGCGCCAGUACCUCGCCCCCAACGCCGGCGGCCGCGGCUCCGGCUCCGGCAACUUCAACGCCCAGACCGGCUACCAGUACUAGACGACCACUCGCGACCUUGGAGCGCGUGAUGAUGACUGCCAAAUUAUGUGAUAAAUUAAUACUUUCGGACGCGAUCUAAACUAUUUCCCGGCGUUGGUAAAGUUGGCCAUGCGUGCAGUCGCGCGACCUUGUCACCGUGGUGUCUCGUUUCAAAUUCAUUAUUUAUUGCCAUCUUUGUUCCCCAUCGUCCCCCCGCCCCCGCCCGCCCCCUCUCUCGUCAUCAGCUCGCCUCGAUCGAUCCCGCCUGUUUCUGCUCUGUUCCUUGUCAAAACGUUUGUAUAGAUCUUCACAUUUCAUUUGUGAUCUCAAAACUUAUUCUAAAAUUUCAUCUUUCUUCGUGUUAAUAAUAGUUGUUAAGUUCUUGUAUACAGCAAUACAAAUGGACAGUAGUAGUGAUGUAAGGAAGUUAAUGAAAAAUGUAUAAAAAAAUGUAUGAUUAGUUUUAAGGAUUGUAAAUACGAGAUGACUCAACGAAUAUACGACUUAAAGCAAA